AUGGUCAAACAUUGGAUGGCUGAGUACAAACGUGAUUGUACGAGCAUUUUAGACGAGGAAUGUUCCGGGCGCCCAAAAAUCGCUACAACUGACAAAAUGGUCGAUUUAGUGCAUCAAACUGUGAUGGAAGAUCGUCGAUUGACUGUUAAAGAUAUUGCUGAGGCUUAUAUGAGAAAAUUAUCGGCGCACUGGGUGCCGCGUUUGUUGACGAUCGAUCAAAAGCGCAUACGGAUGGACAUGUCGCGCGAGUGUCUUAGCCUGUAUCAAAAAAAUCCAGCGGAAUUUUUGCGGCGAAUGGUAACCGUCGAUGAAACCUGGGUACACUACCAUACGCUUGAAACCAAACAACAGUCAAAGCAAUGGAUUGCGGUGGGGGAACCAACUCCGAAGAAGGCAAAGGUCGUUCUCUCUGCAGGAAAAGUGAUGGCGACAGUUUUUUGGGAUAGCCGUGGAAUAAUUUUUAUCGAUUACCUUGUAAAGGGUGAAACAAUCAACGGAGAGUACUACGCUGCAUUGGUGGAUAAAUUGAAGGCCAUAAUUAAGAAAAAACGUCUGCAUUUGGCCAAAAAAAUCCUGUUUCAUCAAGAUAAAGCUCGGGUUCACACGUCCAUAGUCGCAUUGUCAAAAUUGAACGAAUUGAAGUUUGAAUUUCUUUCGCACCCACCCUAUUCGCCAGAUCUAGCUCCCAGCGACUUUUCCUGUUGUAAAAUUUGA